CCGGGAGGCGGAAGCAUGAGGCGGCGGGACGGUGCUCGCUGUGAGGGGCCCCGGCGGAUGCUCGCGUGGCCGCUGGCGCUCCUGGCGCUGAGCGCGUGUUGCUGCUGCGGGGCGGGCAGCCCAGCACCCGAGCAGCAUGCGGCCGCUGCGGCUGCCUCCUCUUCCUCCUCAUCCUCCUCAUCCUCGGCACCCCUCGACUGGCUCCUCACCGACCGCGGCCCCUUCCACCGAGCCCAGGCCUAUGUGGACUUCAUGGAGCGCUACCGGCAGGGCUUCACCACCAGGUACCGGAUCUACAGAGAAUUUGCUCGCUGGAAGGUGAAUAACUUGGCGCUGGAGAGGAAGGACUUCUUCAGCUUGCCGCUGCCCCUCGCUCCCGAGUUCAUCCGCAAUAUCCGCCUGCUGGGACGCAGGCCCAGCCUGCAGCAGAUCACCGACACCCUCAUCAAGAAGUAUGGGACGCACUUCCUGCUGGCCGCCACGCUGGGAGGAGAGGAGUCCCUGACCAUUUUUGUGGACAAACGCAAGCUGAGCCGACGAGCGGAGCCCGUCAGCGCCGCAGGAGGGGCCAGCAACGGCUCCACCGUCUCGCUGGAGACACUGCACCAGCUGGCUGCCUCCUACUUCAUCGACCGGGAGAGCACCCUGCGCCGGCUGCACCACAUCCAGAUCGCCACGGCGGCCAUCAAGGUAACGGAAACGCGGACGGGACCACUGGGCUGCAGCAACUACGACAACCUGGACUCGGUCAGCUCCGUCCUGGUGCAGAGCCCUGAGAACAAAGUGCAGCUCCUGGGUAAGGGCCGGCCGCUGCCCGGGGCCCCACACCACCUGGGGGCGCGCUGCGUGGCGGCCGCGCUCAGCUACAUCGCAUGCAGCUCGGCCGGGGAGCUGCUGUGCCGGAGCAACGACUGCUGCUGCCAAUGCCGCACCGCCUUCCCCCAGUGCAACUGCCCCGAGGCCGACAUCCAAGCCAUGGAGGGCAGCCUGGCCCAGCUGCAGCGUGCCUGGGAGAACCACCACGGCCAGUUCGAGGAGUCAGAGGAGUUCCAGGCCUUGGUGAAGAGACUCCCGGGGGACCGUUUCCUGAACAGGACGGCCAUCUCCCACUACUGGGCCAUGGACCUGGAUGUCCAGCACCGCUACCAGCAGCUGGGCACCAGCCUGAAGCUGCUCUCCAGGAAAACCCACCGAAUCAUCCGGCGGCUCUUCAACCUCAGCAAACGCUGCCGCAGGCAACCUCACUUCAAACUGCCAAAGGAGAGGUCUCUGCCUUACUGGUGGAGCCGCGCUCAGUCGUUCCUGUACUGCAGCGAGAGCACCGUGCCCGGGACGUUCCUGGAAGAAAGCCACAGCUGCAGCUGUCCCCCCGAACAAGCCUCCUGCCAGGGGCCCAUCCCUUGUGCCUUGGGCGACGGGCCAGGCUGCGCCAGCUGUGCCGAGGACAACACCACGCGCUGCGGGGCCUGCAACCACGGCUACGUGCUCACCCAGGGCUUCUGCCGUCCCGAGGUGGCUGACUCUCUGGAACGCUACCUGGGCCUUGAGACGGACCUGCAGGACUUGGAGCUCAAGUACCUCCUCCAGAAACGGGACAGCCGCAUCGAGGUGCACUCCAUCUUCAUCAGCAAUGACAUGCGCCUGGGGAGCUGGUUUGACCCAUCCUGGAGGAAGCGCAUGCUGUUGACCUUGAAGAGCAACAAGUACAAGCCUGGCCUAGUUCACGUGAUGUUAGCCCUCUCGCUGCAGAUCUGCCUCACCAAGAACAGCACCCUGGAGCCUGUAAUGGCCAUCUAUGUCAACCCCUUUGGGGGAAGCCACUCGGAGAGCUGGUUCAUGCCGGUCAACGAGGGCAGCUUCCCAGACUGGGAAAGGACUAACGUAGAUGCCUCUGCCCAGUGCCAAAAUUGGACACUCACUUUAGGGAACAAGUGGAAAGCCUUCUUUGAAACAGUCCACGUCUACUUGCGAAGCCGCAUCAAAUCUCUGGAUGACAGCUCCAACGAGACAAUCUACUAUGAACCCUUGGAGAUGUCAGAUCCCUCCAAGAAUCUAGGGUACAUGAAAAUCAACAGCUUGCAAGUCUUUGGCUACAGCCUGCCCUUUGAACCGGAUGCUAUUCGCGACCUGAUCCUUCAGCUAGACUACCCCUAUACACAGGGCUCCCAGGAUUCAGCCAUGCUGCAGCUUUUAGAGAUCAGGGAUCGGGUGAACAGGCUGUCACCCCCUGGCAAAACCCGCCUUGACCUCUUCACGUGCUUGCUCCGCCACAGGCUCAAGCUGGCCAAUAACGAGGUGGCAAGGAUCCAGUCCUCCUUGAGGGCCUUCAACGCCAAGCUGCCCAACGCAGUAGAGCAGGAGACCGGCAAGCUGUGCAGCUAACAGCCAGGGCUGUGCAGAGCUCAGAGCAAGGGGCUGGGGAAA